AUGUACAGGUUGGAGUGCGGGGUAAGACAGGGAGGGCUGACGUCACCCAAGCUCUUCAACCUGUACAUGAAUGGCUUGAUCGAGGAGCUCAGCAGCGCCGGUGUCGGAUGCUCAAUUGAUGGAAAUUUCAUCAAUAACAUCAGCUACGCGGAUGAUAUGGUGCUGCUGUGUCCUUCGAUUAGUGCCCUUAGAAAGCUGCUCUCAAUUUGCGAGUCAUAUGCGGCGACCCAUGGACUUAAAUACAACACAAAAAAGAGUGAGCUCAUGUUGUUCAAGGCGGGAAGGACGUCAUAUGACUCCAUACCUUCAGUCUCACUCUGUGGCUCUCCUCUACCGAGAGUAAGCCAAUUUAAGUAUUUGGGUCAUUGGGUCACCGAAGACCUCAGUGAUGACCUAGACAUCGACAGGGAGCGCAGGGCGCUGGCAGUUAGAUGCAACAUGCUGGCCCGCAGGUUCUCACGGUGCACAGAACCUGUUAAGAUAACACUGUUUAAGGCCUUUUGUCAGUCGUUCUACACGUGCAGCCUGUGGGUCAACUAUACGCAGAAGGCCUACAGCGCCCUGCGAGUACAAUAUAAUAAUGCUUUCAGAAUGAUGUUGGGGCUGCCGCGGUUCUGCAGUGCUUCAGGAAUGUUUGCUGAUGCCAAUACGGACGGCUUUCACGCCAUUAUGCGUAAAAGAGUGGCUUCCCUGAUGCACAGAGUCCAAGGCAGUACCAACAUCUUCCUGAAAGAUAUAGCUGGCAAGUUCGACGGCCCUAUCCUGACUCAUUGGAUGAGGCUGCACGUCAUCAGCCGGUGA